AUGGCAGAAUCAACAAAUAAAAAAUAUUCACCAACCGAGAAAUCUCUUGAGUAUAACUAUAGAAUGGUUGUUUCCCCGUUAGACGUGGUGAAAAUACGCUUACAGCUUCAAGCAGAUACAAUAAAACGAGAAAUGAUUGUCGCAAAAGAAAUACAAAAAAAAUAUAACGGAAUGUUUCACGCGUUUAGUUUAAUCGCACGAGAAGAAGGUAUUCUGUCUUUAUGGAAAGGAAACCUUUCAGCUCAAUAUUUAUACUUAACAUACGGAUCCGUGCAAUUUCUCACAUACCACGAACUUGUUAAACUCUCGUCAUCAGAAACAAUGCAAAACAUUCUUCCCGAGAAUGCGUGGUCGUUUGUAAAUGGAGCAGCGUGUGGGACUGUUGCAAGUGUUACUACUUAUCCGUUCGAUUUGUUGAGAACGAGGUUUGCGGCACAAGGAAACUCAAAGAAGUAUAAAACAGUUGGACAAGCGAUUAAACGGAUAUAUACAGAUGAAGGAUUACGAGGAUUUUAUCGUGGUGUCUCGCCAACAGUGCUUCAAAUUAUUCCGUAUAUGGGAAUAAUGUUUGGAGUACGAGAUAUAACAAAAAAGAAGAUACAAGCUCUCGGGGAAAAAGGUGGCCACCUCUAUAAUCUCACAAGUUUCCAAGACACGAUAAGCGGUGCUAUCGCCGGAAUAAUCAGUAAAUCAGGAGUCUUUCCGAUGGAUGUUGUCCGAAAGCGAAUGCAAAUUCAGGGACCAAAUAUUUCUAAUUAUAUAAUUCUCAACAUACCCACCUACGGGAGUACUUGGUUGCAUUGUCUACUCGAAAUAGCAAAUACUGAGGGUUUUCGGGGGCUAUAUAAGGGUAUUACGCCAGCUAUUGUUAAAGCAGCCCCGUCGAGCGCUGUUACUUUUUUCGUGUAUGGGCAAAUGCAGAAAUUUGUUGAAACUCUACAUUCUUAG